UCUGAUUCUGAUUCUUUUGCAGAUAGCCGAUGAAGCAAACUAUAUGAAGACAUCAAAAAUUAACCAUGAGAAGCAGUUGCAUGAGCUAAUAAUCAGAAUGGAGGAAAUCUUUUCUAAUGAGUCUAACAACCAGAAGGUUUUUGAAGAUGAGAUGCAAGGUAGUCUGACUUCCAUUUUGAUUGCAGAUGACAAUAGAAGGGCUGCAUUCCAGCUUGCGUAUGAGGAAGAGCAACAAAAUAUUGCGGAAAAGUGGAUGCACAUGUUUCGUGCUUUGAUUGACGAGCGUGGUCCGUGGGCUGCUAAUUCUUCUCCAAAUAUUUCUUCAACGCAUUGGAAACUUGACAAGACUGAAGAUAUGUGGCGACGAAGACCUAAACUAAGAAAGAAUUAUCACUUUGAUGAAAAGCUUUGUCACCCCUCAUCAAUUUCUCCUGGUGCUGACAUUACUCACGCUGAAAAUGAAAACAAAUCUGGUAUUGUUGGGCACAUUCCAGAGCAAAUGAAAAGAUUUUUGCUGAAAGGUGUUCGGAAGAUAACUGAUGAAGGAAACUCAGAACCCAUUGAAAAUGAUGCUGAACAAUGUGAACCUAAUGCUUCCAUUCUCAAGGACUCUUCCGAUGGCCAGUACCCAGAGCUAAUCAAAGACGUUGGUGACUGGAAAGAUAUUGUACAGGACAGAAAAGAUACUUUAUUUUCAUCAGUGACAGAAGAAAGCGAGGUUCUCAUGUCGACUCCUUGCAUACUUGUGACACCCAAAAGAAAAUUAGCUGGACGUUUGGCUGUAAUGAAAAAUGUUUUGCAUUUUUUUGGCGAAUUUUUGGUCGAAGGCACUGGGGGAGCAUCAACCUUUAAGAACUUCGAAGUUCUUAAAAGUUCAAAUUUGACUAAGCUCAACCAAAGGCAGAAGUCUCUAAAGUGGCCAUUGCAUUUACAAUUGGAUUCGAGAAAGAGUACUUCAUUUGAUAACAUGGAGGUGAUGAAUGAUGAUGGCUAUUUAAAAAGACCACUAAAAAAUGUCAGACGCCAUAGAAGAUGGGACAUUGGAAAGAUAAAAGGAGUUCACUGGACUCGAUAUUUGCUAAGAUACACUGCAAUAGAGAUCUUCUUCAGUGAUUCAGUUGCACCAGUCUUUUUUAAUUUCAACUCUCCAAAAGUUGCGAAAGAUAUUGGGACUCUGAUCGUGUCGAGUAGAAAUGACUAUUUGUUUCCUAAAGGCAGUAGUCGAAAUCAAAGUGGAGUUAUUUCUUUUGUCGAUAGACGUGUUGCCUUAGAGCUGGCAGAAACUGCAAGAGAGAGUUGGAGGAGGAGGGAUAUCACAAACUUUGAGUAUUUAAUGAUUCUCAAUACUCUUUCUGGAAGAUCUUAUAAUGAUUUAACUCAGUAUCCGGUCUUCCCCUGGGUUUUGGCGGAUUACUCCUCUGAGGUUCUUGAUUUUAACAAAUCAUCAACUUUUCGUGAUCUUUCAAAGCCUGUUGGAGCUUUAGAUUUGAAACGGUUUGAGGUAUUUGAAGAUAGAUAUCGUAACUUUUGUGAUCCUGACAUACCAAGGUGAUUUCUGUCAUGAUUUCUUAUUUUUAAGCAAGUUUUUUUUAUUUUUGUUUUUUAUUUAUUUAAUUACUUUGGAGGGAGCAAAAAUUAGCUGAUAUCUGUUUU